GCCGUUCCACCAUCGACUUUCUGAGAAAAACAACAUGGCCCCGGUGAACACGCGUACCGAAUUGUAUACCCCUUCGCGCUGGACCGAAUCGUUGUCCUAGGCAUGACUCAGGCUGAGCUCGGACCAUCACCUCGAUUCGAACAAAGAUCUAGACGUGAGUCUAUCACUGGUCAACGUUCGAGGCUGACAGUGUCCGAAAUUGUUGCACCGUGACACAGUUCUUUCAGCGGUUUCCAUGGUUGCAUGAUUGACUCAUACAAUCUUUGGCAAGUCAUGGAUGCGCUCUUCAGGGUUCGAUAUCACGACUGCGGGCGUUGAUAUGAAGUCCGAAGACCAAGCAGAGCAAAUAUGCAGCCCGACGUCAGAGACGGUCCUUGUUCUUUAGCUGUAUAAAGCAGCCAUUGUUUUGCUGGCGUUCAUCAGUAGUUCCCAAACCAACAUCGUUUCGCCUACUACCUUCGAUGAUACAAUGAUACAAGACGUUCAUGGGCUAGUCAAAUCUUUGACUUCACUUUCGCGAAUGCCGGCGUUACAUGAUCUAUCAAGUGCGGUAAUUCAUUUGAAUCAAACCUCCGAGGAAGGACAAAAGGAAUGUUAGCUAACUUUUAUAGAUGUCGUUCGGAAGUUCUUUUUGAGACUUGUCCUGUGCACUUUCACCAGUUGCUUCUCGUGUAGCAGUACGUGACAGCCACAAAUCGACAAUUUCAGAUCAUUUAGAACUCUCAUGCCGGGUGCUCCAGAGAGGUAUUAUCAGCUUCUACGUCUGAGGUUCCUACCGAAACCCUAUAAAAUGACUGGUCACCUACUCAGAAAGACAUUGACCUGAUGACGACUAGCAACGGUACAUGGAACUCUCCACCGAAUGCGACGACGCCAUACGCAUUCCUUCCGCCGGACCUAGCGUUUCAGCUCGCAGUUGGAACAUGUCUCGUUGCCGCCGUCAUGGGAGCUUGGUUGUGGGACAUGUUGAUGAGCAUGAUCGAUGAAAUACACAUGCUGAAGAAAGGCAGAUUAGCCCUUCCAGAUGUUGUCUACGUAGUGUCUCGAAUUUCAUCUGGCGUUUUCGUUACCACGUCAUUCUUCUUCGUCGCUUCGCCUAUCAGUGAUUGUCAAACGAUGCUCACGGUAAAUGGUUGGUUUGGAGCUUUUGCAACACCUUCCAAUUCUCUCCUCUUCUUCCUCAGAGCUAGAGGCAUAUUCUAUCAUUCCCGAGUCUUUAUCGUCAUACUGUUCGUACUCUGGAUGUCAACCCUCACGUCAUUCGCCUCGCCGUUCAGUUCCACUGCCAUGCAUAUCGGUCCAACGUUGUACUGCACUGUAGAUGGCUUUGACAAGAAGAUAGCAAUCGGGUUCCUCACCGUGGGGGUAUUUGAUACCAUAGUAUUCAUCUCCAUCUCUAUCCACCUGUCAUCUUACGGCUCAGCGGAUACAUGGAAGGGGCGAAUGUCCACGUUAUUUAGUGGGAAGAAUAUGGGAUAUUUGACAAGAGGACUCCUAAAGACUGGACAAGUAUACUAUCUUGCUACCGUUGGCCUGAAUAUCCUCGUAAUAAUCCUCUUGAGCACUCCUGCGAUACCUCCCGCGUACCGUGCAAUGGCCACCGUGCCAAAUCUUGCCUUGCAGAACGCCAUGGCGUGCAGGGUAUUUCGCUUGCUGAAGCUUGGGGUUAUUCCAGACCCCUCUUCAUUUCCUGAAGUUAUAUCGCAGAGUGUCCGCUUUGCUCCACCGCCAGGGACAUCUGGGAGCGUGUCGACCGAGCAGCAGUCAACGGAACGUGGUGCAGACGCGUUGAAUAUCUGCAUGUCGUCUACCUCUUCCGAAGCCACACUACAGUCUGUAUCGCGGUGCGUUCCAGACAACCAAAGUACAGUUUGAACAUAGCAAAAAAAAGAAUUGCAUGGCCACGAUGUCCCUCUGACAAGCACUUCACACAUUCCUUCGACCCUGAUUUGUGACUAGUUAUCGAGCACAAAGGACUCUAAACUACGUAUCUAAGCAACACUCAUAGGUAGCUAGUUGUUCAUCCACAAUCGUUUUCUAACAGUAUGUUGUAGCAACCCAUAUCAAUACUCUAUAUACACGCAGCGCAGUGUUAUAAGCC